UCCUUUUCGUCGAAAGAUUUCUUCCCGUUUUUCUGCACUCUUUCUCCCUUUGCGUCUCCUUCUUCUCUUCGUCUGCCUCCACGCCUUCUCUUUCCUCCAUCAUUCUAUUAUCCGUCUCGCAGAUAUCUUCUUUGCUCCGAUUCAUGGCGGAUAAGAACAUAUUGGUGACGGGAGGGGCGGGCUACAUAGGGAGCCACACGGUGUUGCAGCUCCUCCAGGAAGGGUUCCGCGUCGUGGCUGUCGACAACCUCUACAAUUCUUCCGAGGUCGCCAUCAAGAGGGUUGCAGAGCUUGCUGGUGACGCGAAGAAGAAUCUCGCGUUUGAACGGGUUGAUCUUCGAGAUAGAGAAGCAUUGGACACUGUUUUUGCUUCUACAAAAUUCGAUGCUGUUAUUCAUUUUGCUGGCUUGAAGGCUGUGGGCGAAAGUGUCCAUAAGCCUUUGCUUUAUUAUAACAACAAUCUUAUUGGUACAAUAACUCUCUUAGAAGUGAUGGCUGCUCAUGACUGCAAAAAUCUCAUUUUUUCAUCAUCUGCAACUGUUUAUGGAUGGCCAAAGCAAGUUCCCUGCACGGAAGAGUUCUCUCCUAGCGCGGCAAACGUUUAUGGACGAACCAAGCUUAUCAUUGAAGAUAUUUGCCGUGACUUACAAAAAUCAGACUCUGAUUGGAGGAUAAUAUUGCUUAGAUAUUUUAAUCCUGUUGGUGCUCAUCCCAGUGGAGAUAUUGGUGAAGAUCCUCGUGGAAUACCUAACAACCUCAUGCCUUUUAUACAACAAGUUGCUGUUGGGAGGAGACCUGCACUUAGUGUUUAUGGAAACGAUUAUAAUACCAGUGAUGGAACUGGGGUUCGUGACUAUAUUCAUAUUGUGGAUCUGGCUGAUGGGCAUAUUGCAGCUCUUUACAAACUUUUCCAAGACCAAAGUAUCGGCUGUGAAGUCUACAAUCUAGGAACUGGAAAGGGAACAUCUGUGUUGGAAAUGGUGGCAGCAUUUGAGAAGGCAUCUGGAAAGAAAAUCCCUUUGAUCAUGGCUGAUAGGCGAUCUGGCGAUGCCGAAAUCGUCUACGCAUCGACGGAGAAGGCUAAGCAGGAGUUAAAUUGGAGAGCUAAGUAUGGAAUUGAGGAGAUGUGCCGUGAUCAAUGGAACUGGGCUAGUAAAAACCCCUGGGGAUAUGAAGCACCUGAAUCUCAAAGCUAAGUUCUUGUAUCACUUCUUGUUCUAUUGAUGAGCUAAUAAAUUUUUUAGUGUUAAUAAGUAUGCUAACUUCUAAUAUAAAUUCCUUGAAAGAUAGAAGUAGUGAAUUACAUCUUGGCCUUGUAUGUAUAAGCUAUAAAAGGGCUCCUAGCUUAUGUAAAGCUACUUAUAGCUCAUUGAAAAGUGAUUAAACAUUGUGAACCAUAGAAAUUUCUUUUUUAUUGGAUGCUGUGGUGAUUGGUACUCAUCAUAAUAAUAGGAAAUUGAAGUAAUCUUUGCUUUGCUUUGCUUUGUUGGUCCAGCGAACUUUGGAAUGUGCUCAUUAUGAUUUUUAACAAAAAAGCUGAUGAAAAAAAGUAGAUGGCAAUUA